AUGGCGUUCCGUGGCCUUGCACCGCUGCUUUUGAUGGCGGGCUGCGCCUUCACCGUGCUGUCGCCCACACGCGUGCGCGCGGUGCCGGCCGCCCUUUCGAGCGGCACCGCCGGCGCAAGCGGCCUGGGCGCUGGGGGCUUCUCUGCGGCCGGAGGGAUGGCCCUGGCGGGCAUGGCCGGCGUGGCGGCGGCUGGGGCGCUGAGAAGGAAGGACCGAGUGGCAUGCUCUGCGAAGCAGUAUUGGGAGGGGGAGUGGAUCUGCGCGGACUGCGGCUACAUUUACAACGAGCGAGCCUUCGGCUCGAAGUUCGAGGACCUGCAGCAGGGCUUCAAGUGCCCCCAGUGCGCCGCCCCGCGCCGGCGCUUCGCCCGGAAGUUGGGGGACAAGAUCGGCACCACCCUGGAUGGUGGGGACACGCCCAUCAUCAUUUUCACCGCGGUAUGCCUUCUGAUCGUGCUGGGUAUCGCCUACUACAGCCUCCAAUAG